UCAUCACAAGAUUCGUUUCGUACGCGACGCCCCGACCCCGCCCCAUCGCCACCCACUUUCUCUCUCUUUAUAUAUGUUUUUGGAAGAAAUAUCACUCUUCCUUCUUGAUUCUCCAUAGAUCCCUUAUUCCCAUUUCCCAUUUCGGAUCUCUCUAUGCGCACCCCCCAACCAUCCAUCCCUAUUUAAUCCCCUCACCAAACUCCAUUCUUCACAUUAUUAUCGCUCCAGAAAGCUCAAGUUUAGAGACCCAACAAGCUAAGCUAAGCUUUAAUCAUUAUCCGCCAUGUUAAUCAAUUUCCCUGAAGACAACAAAACCCAGAGAUGCCGGGACUACAUCCAAGCUUUGGAGGAAGAGCGCCGCAAGAUUCAGGUUUUCCGCCGGGAACUCCCUCUUUGUCUCGACCUCGUCACCCAAGCAAUUGAGUCGUACAAGCAGCAGUUGUCGGGGACGACGACGGAGUAUAACCUCAACGGCCAAUCGGAGUGUUCGGAGCAGACCACUAGCGCCGCUCCGGUUUUGGAACAAUUUAUUCCGAUGAAGAGCGCCCAGGAAGACGACGAGGAAGAUUACGAGGAACAAUCUCAUAAAUCCGAUAACGAUAACGAUGAUGAUCACGGUGAUUAUGUUAAUAAUAAUUCGGAGAAAUCGGACUGGCUUAGAUCUGUUCAGCUUUGGAACCAAUUCCCAGAUCCAACUCCUAAUAAAGAGGAAUCGCCGGCGCCGGAGGAGGUGAAGAGAAACGGGAGUGGCGGAGCGUUCCAACCAUUCAAGAAAGAAAAAAGCGGUGCUGCCGCGGCGGCGCAACCGCCAACGGCGGCCAGCUCAACCGCUGAGACGGGCAGAAGUCAGAAAGAAGAUAAGGAAAGUCAGUCUCAAAGAAAGCAAAGGCGGUGCUGGUCGCCGGAAUUGCAUAGGCGCUUCUUGCAAGCCCUCCAACAGCUUGGCGGCUCACACGCGGCUACUCCUAAACAAAUUAGAGAACUGAUGAAGGUUGAUGGACUUACAAAUGAUGAAGUUAAAAGCCAUUUACAGAAAUAUCGGUUGCAUACAAGAAGGCCAAGUCCAUCGAAUCGCAAUAACGGCAUCCAACAACAAGCAGCCCCACAGUUCGUGGUGGUGGGUGGGAUAUGGGUGCCUCCGGCGGAAUACGCCGCCAUGGCUGCGGCGCCGGCACCGGCGGCAUCAAAGGAAGCUACCACCUCUAACGGAAUAUAUGCACCCGUGGCAUCCUUACCACACUCCUCCGCCUUCCAAGAUCCAUCAGCGUCGAACAGAAGAUCGUGCGGCUCCCAUGAAAGGGGCAGCCAAAGCAACUCCCCGGCCACCUCCUCCUCGACCCACACCACCACGGCGUCACCACCAUACUAACUCCCAACAUUUUUCUUUCGAGUCACUCUUCGUAAGGCUGUCUCGCUAAUUCUUCUUCGUAACAUGAGUUGGAUCGAGAUUGAAAAUAUAAUAUUUAUAUUGAAAUCUUAAUACUAAUUAGGAAUAAAGUGUCCUUUACAUAUAUAGAAAAGUGUAAUAUUUUGAGAAAA